AAUGUGAGCGACAUCGUCCUUCAGAUAUACCAUGGUCUUCUAAGUGAAUCUAAUUGGCGCUGCUAGUGGUUGAGAACCACGCUUUGUCGAAAAAUCAAUAAACAUUUAGGCUACGGGAUAUUCAAACCAAGAAAUAUCAAAAGUCGGGGAAUGUAGAAAGGCAAGCAACCGCUGGCUACUCUUCCUAAUGAUCAACAGGAUGUCGCUUCUGCGCAGUAUGGGACCAAAUCCGGAUCAUUCCUUGGAGCUGCACCCACUAAGAGCUCCCAUUCUUGCUGAGGUGCAUGGCCCUGAUGAAAGAAGACUGAGCUUCACUACUGUGGGAUUUCUUUGGUUUAGCCAAGGCACGGUACGGGGCAGAGAAGCAGCUUCCUAGUCCAGUUGGUCCUGUUUUCUGCACAGGUUGGUCCUAUGAAUGUCCCAAACUGUUCCUCAGAAGGUUCUUCCAAAAACUUUUCCAAAGCAGUAGAAGUGGAGCCCUCGUCAGCAGAAGCGAUGGAUAGUGUGCGGGCCAGCCACUACAGUGUCGUGCCCUCCAGAGUAGAUGGCCCCAAGUUGCCCACUGUGGCCGUGUCCAAUGGUCACAGCAAUGGUGAUAGCAAGGUGCACAUGUGGCAGUCGGUGCCAUGUCGUUUCGUCAAGAAGGAUGGACACUGCAACGUGCACAUCAUCAACAUGAGCGAGAAAGGCCAGCGCUACAUAGCCGACAUCUUCACCACCUGCGUGGACAUCCGUUGGCGAUGGAUGAUAAUCAUCUUCUGCUUGACCUUUGUGGUUUCGUGGUUGUUCUUUGGCUAUGUUUUCUGGCUGGUGGCCUUCUUCUAUGGUGACUUGGGGAAUAGCUCCCAGCAGUGUGUCUCCAAUGUCAACAGCUUCAUGGCAGCCUUCCUCUUCUCUGUGGAGACACAGACCACUAUUGGCUAUGGUUACCACCAUGUGACGGAACAGUGCCCCAUUGCUAUCUUUAUGGUGGUUUUCCAGUGCAUUGUUGCCUGCAUCAUCGACGCCUUCAUCAUCGGUGCCGUCAUGGCCAAGAUGGCCAAGCCCACGAAGCGCAAUGAAACUCUGGUGUUUAGCCACAACGCUACAAUAGCAAUGCGGGACGGCAAGCUAUGCCUGAUGUGGCGAGUUGGCAACCUACGCAAAAGCCACCUGGUGGAGGCCCACGUAAGGGCUCAGCUACUCAAGUCCCGGACCACCGCCGAGGGGGAGUUUAUCCCCCUAGACCAAGUAGAUAUUGAUGUGGGCUUUGACACUGGCAUAGACCGGAUCUUCCUUGCUUCCCCCAUGACCAUCGUCCAUGAGAUCAACGAGGACAGUCCCUUCUAUGAUAUGAGCAAGCAGGAUUUUGAGACUGCUGGAUUUGAGAUUAUGGUCAUCCUGGAGGGCAUGGUAGAAGCCACAUCCAUGACAACCCAGUGCCGCAGUUCCUACCUGGCAGGGGAGAUCCUCUGGGGACACUGCUUCGAGCCUGUACUCUUUGAGGAGAAGAACUACUACAAGGUCGACUACUCUCAUUUCCACAAAACCUAUGAGGUGCCGAGCACUCCGCUAUGUAGUGCGCGGGAGCUUGCAGAAAAGAAGGAUAAUGAGUCCAGCUCUAACUCUUUUUGCUAUGAGAAUGAAGUGGCAAUGAUGGACAAAGAGGAGGCGGAGGACAAAAGCGAGUACAGCAAUGAUGGGAGCAGUUCACAAAAGGCUUCAGAGUUGGAGCGCAAUCUCUUCAUGACAUUCAAACGAGAAUCUGAGAUUUGACUGCACAGUUGAUGGGAAGGGAGUUUUUAAGCCUUGAGUGUUCAUGAAAGCCCCGAUGAGGUAUUACUAUUAUUAUUACUAUUAUUGUAGGCCUAAGAAACAAACUGUACCCCCCUUACAAGGACUGAAAAAAACACAGCACUAGGACAGAGUGCUGUGAGGUUGUGCACAUAGUGAUGGAGAUUAUUCUCCAGACAAAUGUUAUGCAUGCGUGUGAAAAAGGUCACAGAACAGCAAAGAGACAAACAAAAUGGCAGGAUGCUGCUGAAAUUUAAAAUAACAGGCAUGCUUUACAGGUCAUCAGCCUGUUGAGUAACCAGACCAAGAUGGGUUAAGUAGCAUUGUUUCCCUGUUUACUCAUGUUAUUAGAUAUUGCUGCUAUACGAAAUGCUCUAAAUUGUACAUUUAUUCAUAUUAAAGGGAAAAGAAUUUUUGAGACAAUAGAGUAGCACUUUAAAAGGAGCAUGUGUGUGUAAACACAAUAUGCUUCUAACAUCUUAAUUUGUUAUCAGAAAGCUGUCCUGUUUUUGCACAUAAUCUUUUAGAUUUAGGCUGUCUGACGGCAAGACUACUGUUUAGCUAUGGAUACAGGCAUGGCAGAAGAAAGACUCAUGCCAGGAGAGAAGUCUCACUCUUGUACUGCCAUCUGAGGUCUUGUGUGCACAUUAGGCCAAGUCUUUGUUAGUUCCCUGAGUGCUCUUUGAGGAAGUGUGUAUCUACCAGUCUCCUGAAGGCAGCCAUCGUCUACUCACUCCAAAGUCAAUGCAAAGAAUUGACAGCUAGCAAAAAGCAAUUUAAAAUUUAUCCUGUCUUUUGUGAUACGAUGGCUGUAAUCCCGUCUAAUUUUUUUAAAUGUCACUUGAUCUGUUAAUGAGCUGGUAUCUUAACAGAGGAGCUGUUAAUAAGCAGGGUUGCUUUUCUUACAAUUUGGAGAUGAAUGCGACAUGAUCCUUUCUUUUCACGGAAUGUUCCAUUCUUGUUCAGUGAUUGCAGGUCAUGCAUGGUGAGUGGGGGUGUGUGUGUGGGUGGGGGGGGGUCACAAGAACUUAUUUAUAGUACAUUAUUUGACCCGUCUUUCACUUGUCAGAUUCUAUCAUUACUCUGCAAUAUGAUACCAUGCUUUCUAAAAGGCCAUCCCUUUUAAAAGAAAUAAUCCUGUGUAAUAUACAGAAAGAAUAAUUAUAUAUAUAUAUAUUCAAUUAUAUAUAUAUAAUUGUUCAAUAUGCACAAGAGACAUAUGCCUUACAUGUUUGGUUGUGUUUGAAGGACUAUUUUUAAUUCUUGUCAUCAUAUGAGGAGCUUUAAAUGUCAAACUCCACCCAGCAGCACCAUGAGAGAGUGGCCUGAGCCUGGCUGGUUUUUAUGGUCGCAUGCCUGUUUCUGACUGGUGGAUUUGGGGUGGGCAACCCCCUGAUAUUAUGGUCAACCCUCUUUGGCAGUAGGCAGCGGUGUAAAAGUAGAUUAAGUGUGAAGAAUUAGGAAAUGACAUACUGUGUGGCUCUGAGGCGGGCUGGAUGUGACACAUGCAACUCCACAGUGAUAAAAGGAGGGGAAAUGUACCAAAAAAAUCAAAACUGGGAUUAACAUUCAAAUUUGCUACCUAUAUGAUAACAGAUGCUACAGGUUCGCAGACAUUAAUAAUAUCACUGUAAGGUCUUGGAGAAUUAUUGUAUGUAUGUUACAAAUAUAAGUUUUAGGAUGGAACCAUUUUUAGAACAUUACCUUGGAAACGGCACCACUGAUAUCCAAAUUCCAUGGUUCCCUUUCAGGUCCUUUAGUAGUCUGGUACCCCUGAAGUCGCAUGUGACACAGAGUCACUAGGCCCAAGUCGGUCCAGAUCAGUUAGUCAUGGGUCCUGCUCCAAAUGCCAAAGCUCUAAGAGAUCACCACUCUCGGUCUACACUUCUAACCUACCACGGUUUGUCUGGAGAGAUUCUGGAAGAAUUUCGUCCCCUGCUUAACCCAAAUCACCAAUUGAAAUUGUAACUUUAAACUCUGUCAGAAAGCCCUUCCCAUGUGCAAUCUUUUUUGUAACAGUCUUCCUACUGUAUUGAAAAUACACACAACGCACAGAUUUUUAUAAAAACAGAUAAUAUAAUAACUGUUAUUGUUGUAAGUCUUUUUCAAUAAAACAGAAAUGAUGAAAAAGUUCUAGA